AUGGCAACUGCUAUUGUAUCCAAGCCAACUUUAUCUAAAUGGUUCUCCAACAAGAGCUUCAUGCUAAGCGUCCAUCGCUUUCAUCAUCGCUUUCAUCAUCACUUUCAUCAUUCCAAAUCCGACCUGAACCUUCUUGUGUCUGAGACUGAGAUUACUCCUCCUCCUCCUCCUCCUCCUCCUAUCACACCCAAAGAACAAUCAAGAAAGGAAGAACUCCAAGAAAUAUUUCGUCACUUUGAUGCUGAUGGUAAUGGGUAUAUCUCAGGAUCUGAACUCAGAUCCUACCUUGCUUCCAUAGGGGAGUUCAUGUCCCCUGAAGAGGCCCAAGGUGUGAUCAACGAUCUCGAAGCAGCAGGCGGCGACAAUUUGAUGCUGGAUUUUGACGAAUUUGUGAAGUUGAUGGAACGCGAAGGUGGGGAGGAUGAUCUGAAAAGAGCCUUUGAGAUGUUUGUGGUGGAGAAGGGUUCUGGGAACAUUACAUCAGAGGGGUUGCAGAGGAUGUUCAGUAGCCUUGGAUACAAAAUAUCAAAUGAAGAGUGCAAGACCAUCAUACAAGCAUUCGACUGCGAUGGCGAUGGUAUGCUUGGUUUCCCUGAGUUCCAGCAGAUGAUGGCUUAA